UGCCGAGUUCUUGAGGCUUGAGUCAAGACAGUGCUGCUGCUGGCUGGAUACCCUUGAGAAGGAAUGCAGGUGUGGGCUCUUGUGCGCAUGCGCCACUCACCAAAUGCGCCUCUCACCUGGAGAAAACGGUGGGAGAGAAAACCUUACCAUCUUGAGCAGUCAGUCUGUGAACGUAAUCUGACGCGACUCAAGUUUUAACUGUGUUCUUCUGUUUCAUAUCCAUUUAAAACGAUUGCUUUCUUAUUUGUGUUUGUGCUCUAAACGACAGUCAGUGUUUUAAAAGGACAAGAGGUUUUGGAUUUCUUCUAAGGUGCUGGGACGUGAUGUGAUGCCGCUCAUUUGGCUGUCCAUUUUAGCGCUGGGGUUGGGCGGACUCGCCCCUCUGGCGCUAGGCCAUGUGGCGCUCACGUUCCCACCAGCCAGGAAGUAUGACCUCGACUUCCUCGACAACAGCCGCACCAAGGGACCCUGCGGAAUGCCCAAGGGUUCGGUGAAGACGAGUCUAUUGUCAGGAUCGCAAUUCAACAUAACUUGGCACUUGGCCUACCCUCACCGCGGAGGAUUCAAGUUGCAAGUGCUAGACCAGCUGCUGAGGCCGGUACUUGAUUUAACCCCUGUUACCUCUAAUUCAGAAUUUGUACAUACUGAUGUCACAGCUCAAUCUUACCCAGUUAGAUUACCAUCUGACUUCGAAUGUAAAGACUGCACAAUAAGGUUACUACGAGAAGCAAAGGAGUGGUCCAAUAGUUAUAGGUUCUGGUCAUGUGCCGAUGUAGAUAUUAAACCUAGGAAAUCAUAUAAAGAAGACUGCAGCGGUCAUGGCCGCUAUUACUUGUCAAGGUGCCAGUGUGAUCGGUUGUACUAUGGGCCACGUUGCCAAUACAGGGACGAGUGCUUAAAUAACCUGGACUGCGGCGACAGAGGGCGGUGCGUCGACAUCCAGGCGACAACCGCCCCCCGCAAGCAGUGCUAUUGUGAGCUCGGCUGGUUCGGACCUGCCUGCACCAAACGAUCUCCUAUUAAGAGAACAGAAUUAGAUUUUGGAUCCUACAACCACAAACAACUGUCUCCCACUUUCCAGCUGUACUGGAAGGUUAUGGAAGAAGAAGGCGAACUGGAAGUGGCCAUGGUUGUGAACGGCACAAGCUAUGUCGGCCUUGGAUGGCGACCCAGCAGCCUGACGGCGGCUUGCAAGAACUUCCCGCUGCUAGAAGAUCCUCCAGGAACCGCCGCCGCAACCGACAGUCAUCCCAAAUCGGAGCCUGAACCCAAAACAGAGCCCGAACCUAAAAGUGAACCGGAACCUAAAAGCGAACCUGAACCGAAAAGUGAACCUGAACCUAAAAGCGAACCUGAACCGAAAAGCGAACCUGAACCGAAAAGCCAACCUGAACCUAAAAGCGAACCUGAGCCCAAAAGUGAACCUGAGCCAAAAAGUGAACCCGAACCGACAAGUGAGCCUGAACCUAAGAGUGAACCUGAGCCAAAGAGCGAGCCUCAACCGCUUAGACCAGCUGCUCAUCGUAGACGGCCUGGAAAGAUCGUCUCCUCGCGGGAAACCAAGGCACAUGAGACUCCAGACUCCAACGAUCAGUCGGAAGUUGCUGUGCAAACCAGCGUUUCUUUCAGAGUCAGCACCAAACAAGGAACUCGAGGGAGAAGAAGUCCCGAUCCACAAGGAAAGAGGGGUCAUCAGGCACAUUCACCCUCUCGAAAUAGUCCCCAUCCUCAACCAGAGCCCAGUUCUGAACCUGAACCUAAAUCAGAACCCGAACCAGAACCUAAAUCUGAACCAGAACCUAAAUCUGAACCAGAACCCAAAUCUGAGCCAGAACCCAAAUCCGAGCCAGAACCAAAAUCUGAACCUGAACCUAAAUCUGAACCAGAACCUGAACCAAAGUCUGAACCAGAGCCAAAAUCUGAACCCGAACCUGAACCAAAGUCCGAGCCAGAACCAAAAUCUGAACCUGAACCUAAAUCUGAACCUGAACCAAAAUCUGAACCCGAACCAAAAUCUGAGCCUGAACCAAAAUCUGAGCCUGAACCUAAAUCCGAACCUGAGCCCAAAUCUGAACCUGAGCCCAAAUCUGAACCUGAACCUAAAUCCGAACCUGAACCUAAAUCCGAACCCGAACCUAAAUCCGAACCCGAACCUAAAUCCGAACCUGAACCUAAAUCUGAACCUGAACCUAAGUCUGAACCUCAUCCUGAACCAAAAUCUGAACCGGAGCCUAACUCAAAGCUCCAAGUGGAUUCAAAUUCGCAGAAGGGAAAACAUCAGUCUCAUGGAAGAGAUGAGCAGCUGAGACCCUACACACCAAGACAUGACUUCAAUCCGAUGGACUGCACAGACAUGGUGAUCGGAAUGGCGAGGGGAACUGCUUUCAGAGUUUGGGACUAUUACACACGUGACAGAUCAACACCAAGAAUGGAUAUGUUUUGGGGCGGUAAAAAUGAUUUGACUGCUGCCAUGGGCUUUGAGAAAGAUGGAGUUACAACAAUCGUUUUCAGAAAAAAAUUGAAAGCCACGGAGCCAACUGACCACACAAUUGAGAAAGACCUUAUGCACGUAAUCUGGGCCAAGGGGCAAGAACCUGGAAAAUACGUUCAUUUUCCAAAAUCAGGUCUGGAGAAGGAAACAGCAUCCGUUCAGGACUUCUACAGACAAGAUGAACUUAAAUAUCACGGCCAUGGUGACCAACGAGGUGUCACAGCAAUCAAUUUCUACGAAACUCCAGAGGAAGAAGUUGUUCCACAGCCUUCGUCGAACGGAGAGAAAACAGUUGCCGCCCAACCUGCACCGAAGAAAAUCAACCAGUGCCGAGGAGAGUGGUCCUACCCGAAAUCGUGCUCCGUGGCAGAAGGCAACUGUGAAUACCAUGCUAAAUGGCAGUACCUGCCAAGAACAGACGAUGUCAGAUUCACCAUUACAACCACCAACACUGAGACUUGGACAGGCAUUGGUUUCUCUGACAACGAUAAAAUGUCUCAAACGGAUGCCAUAUUGGGCUGGAUCGACCAGGUGGGAAGGCAUUUCAUAAUGGACACUUGGAUAAACGGCUACUCACCACCUCGCUUGGAUGCAUCACAAAAUCUCUACAAUAUGAGUGGCUCAUUGAAAGAUGGAGUCACCACUCUAUCAUUUGUGAGACCUCGAGCAACUAAUGAUAAAACUGUGAGUUGUGAAGAAGAAGUUACAACUCCAGCUCCUCCACGAAUCGGUUACACAGUUGAGGUGAAGCUCACCAAGCUGGGACAGAAUUUCCACGCACCCCAUCCAGGCUCAUCUGAGUUUGAUAAUCUGGCAAAUACUGUCAGUUCUAGCUUCUCUAGAGCCCUCAAAAAACUUUCUGGUUUCCAUCAAAUGAAUGUGAAAGACUUCAAACAGGAGGAAGAUAAUGUAAUAGUGAAGAUGGAAUUGGAGUUGGAUAAGGGACAAUUCGAGCGAGGACGAUCAUUGGAAGACUCUGGAUCAUCUCUGGAGAGACUGCUGAAUGAAACUGUCUCCACUGGACGUGUGGGAAAUGUAAUCCUUGAUCCCGCCUACUUGGUAUUCGAGCCUCAACAAGGUGAAGAAGAAGUUACAACUCCAGCUCCUCCACGAAUCGGUUACACAGUUGAGGUGAAGCUCACCAAGCUAGGACAGAAUUUCCACGCACCGCAUCCAGGCUCAUCUGAGUUCGAUAAUCUGGCCAAUACUGUCAGUUCUAGCUUCUCUAGAGCCCUCAAAAAACUUUCUGGUUUCCAUCAAAUGAAUGUGAAAGACUUUAAACAGGAGGAAGAUAAUGUAAUAGUGAAGAUGGAAUUGGAGUUGGAUAAGGGACAAUUCGAGCGAGGACGAUCAUUGGAAGACUCUGGAUCAUCUCUGGAGAGACUGCUGAAUGAAACUGUCUCCACUGGACGUGUGGGAAAUGUAAUCCUUGAUCCCGCCUACCUGGUAUUCGAGCCUCAACAAGUAACAUCAAACAUUAUCCCUGAUGAAGUGAGAGACGGAAGCAGUAUAUUUCUGUCAGAGACAAAGUUAUGGAUUGUCAUCGGGUCCAUCAUAGCACUGGUGAUUGUGGCAGUAAUCCAAGCCGGCUGCACCAUAUACAGAACCAUGCGACACCCUACGCCUAAUCAUAAGGACAUCUUGAUACAGAAUUCAGCGUGGAAGGACUACUCGGCAGCCAACACUAACUACGCGUUUGACGCGUUCGAACACGAAGAGAAGCAGCCUAGCUCAAUGGCGCACACGAACGGCUCUUCAAGGUCCACCAUGCCGCUGACCAGCAGCAAGCCUAUGCCCAUGCAUGGCCAUCACCCACACCACUAUCAAACCAACGGAGGCGGCGGUCACUAUGCCGACACCCGAUCCCUCCAGAGGCCGCGAGGGGGCGGUGGCUACAGUCACGGUCCUCCCGAGGAGAGAGAGCGCGAGAGGCACCGAGAACGUGGAGCCGACAGGGAGAGGGAGAGGGAGAGAGAACCCGCCGGCGAGAGAGAGCGAAGAGAGAGAAGCACGUACUCUCUGCCGAGACAACCGCCACCUCCGCAGCAUCAUAACGGCUUCUACACGCACCGGCCGCCGCGUCCUCACAGCGACCAGAUGCAACCUGACUUCUACUUCAUGCCCUCGCAGAGGAAGUACUCAGGUGAAGUGGUGCGUGUCUACGUCGACUACAAUACUCCGCGCAAGUAGACACAACUCAUGUCCGAUUCAAAUUAGUUGACUGCUGACCCCUUUUGGAAAAUUUUUAAGUGGAAUUUCAGUCAAGUACUGAUAUUUCUCAACUGUAGAUUCAACGAGUUUCCAGUUCAACUACAUAUAUUUCAGGAGCUCAUAAAAUUUGUCAAAUGAGAAUUGAUAUUGUGGAAUUUUUCCAUGAUUAAUUGAGAAAACACAGUUCUAUUUUUGUCACAUCUACAUUUAAAUUUAUGUUUAAAUACAUGUGAAUUCAUUCAUCAUUGAAUGUAUAUUUAAAUAUUUGUAAUUUAUUCAAAUUUGGAUGUGUCGAAAGCAUAACUGUUUUUUUCAGAUAUCUGAUGACUUCGAGAUUCCAACAAUCUUUUGUUAGUGAAGGGUUCAGGCUGUACCUACUUACAUCAGUCCCCACAACUAGAAUAAACACGUCAUGUAUGCUCACUAAUGUUAUGUUAGCCAUUAUUAGAGAAUAAAAUUAUAAUUUCAAUAUGAAAUUAGAUUUCAUUAAAUUAUAUAUUUCAUUUUAUUGCCCGGGGGACCGUUAUAUUUCAUGGUUCAUGACAUUAUUAUAUUAUGUAGAAUUAGUGGAUGUCUAUGACGUGAUUAUUUAAAGUUAGUUUGUUAUAAGUAGGUACUGGUACAGGUGCGUCAACUAAUUUCAAUCAUAUCAUAGUUCCACAUCACUGCUCAUCCCCACCCCAUUUUUCAUCACACACAUAGUUUCUGUGCAGAAAGGCCAGCUUACAUUACGAGAGCUAGUUUUUCAAAUUAUAUUGAAAGGUGGAAUGUGGAAUGAAAGGUGAUGGAGAAAUUAGGAUGUACCUGAAGUAGGGAAUGGUGAAAUAGCUCCUCCAAUAACAGAAAGCUGAAUAAUUAGGGAAGAGGUUGAAAACGAGUGUAUUUGGACUAGGGAUUGAGAGAGAUAGGUAUAUUAAGUGAAGCUUGCUGAAAGUAAUUAAACUACAUAGCCACUACACAGGACACUUUCCGCAACCCCUUCGAAAUGAUUAAGAAUAGAAUUAAUUCAGCACCAGAUUCUGUCCAACAGAGUGGUCACUAACAGUUUCUGAGUGCUAGUUACCUCUGUUCCUAGUGAAUUCAUCUGGUCAAGGUUUUGGUUAGAAAAUACUUAGCAUUAAAACAUUUGGUUGCAAAUGCAGUAAGGUUACUUCCUCUGCAAUAUUGCUCAAGCAAUUAUUGUUUGUAGUUGUUUUCCCUCAAGCAUUACUGAGAUUGGAUGGAAACGGAUGCCGUGGUUACUAGUCAGCGCUGUUAUGACAAACAAUCGAAGCGAAUUGAGUUCAAUGGACGAAGAUAUUCGUGGGUACUAGUCUAUCCGUUCAAGCUUGAAUUGGCUCCAGGAUCACCUCCAUAGUUGACGAGUCUAGAUUCAGAAAUACUUGAUUAAUUAAUUACAGAAAUAAUAAUCUCAUCUUCAAUCACAACCCUGUUAUAACUUCAUAUUUCAAGUUUUAAUAAGUAGUGAUGAAAAUACAAUAACGAAGAGAUUAAUACAGUAUGUAUCAUUUGACUUGAUAUGGUACGGUACAGAUUCUGUAUCUACAUAAUUACAUAUACAGUUUCAUGUAUGAUACAGUUUCUACAGCUCAUCUAUAAUCUCCUUAAAUUAAAAGAGUAAACUGUGUAUUAUGUUCAAUAAUUGAGUGUUGACUCUCUGCACAGAAACUAUCAUCUUCAUCAUCACCUUGUGUCUAUCAAUAUUGAACACAAUCACAAAUCAUUGCCAUAAUACUAUAAUUUCUUCUCAUCUGAUCAUAUCCAUCAUCAACUCACAUCAGUUUGUAAUUCUAGUCUUUCCCAGUACACAUUCACACAGAAAAUGCUAAAUAGUAUUCUUCUACACUUAAUUUUUUGUUUUUAUACUUCUUUUCCUGGAAGUUCUAUCUUUUAAUAAUUCUUCAUACCUAACAUACUUUAAUAAAUCAUAUUGCUUCCAUAAUAGUAUUCAAUUUAGGUAAGUUUAUCUUCGAGUCGAACUUAUUUGGACUCUAUAAAAAUAGAGAAACAAUAGUACAAUCCUUAAUGAUAAUAACUUAAUAAUAAGGUAUUCAAUACACUACUUUCUUUCUUAAGAAUUUCUACAUCACAGUCAUCAUGUAAAUGAUAUAACUAUAAUUGCAUUACUAGAAUCAUAGUAAGUUUUUGUGAUUUCGUUAUGGACAAUCAUAAUAGCUAAUAAUAAUGAUGAAAAUGAAGUAUAUUUUAGCUUCUUAUUUUUAUAUAUAGACAAAUCUGAUAUUGUACAUUUUGUAGUCUGAUAAAUAUAUCGAUGAUGGUGGCUAUUUUUAUUAAUAUUGUGAAUACUGAUUAUAUUUACUGCCUAUUGCAAAUUAGUCGUUGAGGAAAGUAUCAAUAAGCUAGAUAUUGUUUUGAUCAUAAUCAAUAUUUAUGUUUUCCAUAUAUUAUGCCUAGUGGGAGCUUAAAUUGCUACGGGACCACAAGGACCAUUCUCAAAAAGCUAUAUAGAUUUUAUCCGUUAUUAAUGAGUGAUUAUGGUGAAACCUUUAUCUUUGAUGCCAUUUUUCGAUUAAUAUCAAUUUUUGAUGAGAGUAUACCGGUACAUCUCAUAAGGCAGGUAGUCUUAUCUAAAAUUUAUAGCAUUUUUCUAUCUAUUGAGCAAUAAUUAUAUUUUCCAAAUUAUUAUCUAUGUAAUAUUUUACGUUGGAAACUAUUGUAUAUUAUCUGUCUUUGAAUUUGAUUUUGUUUUCUUAUUUAUCCUACAUAUAUUGUCUAUUAUGAAUAAGAGAUGCAAACUCUGUUGAUACAAUUAUUUAGAAUUAUAAUGCUUGUUUAAUGAUUAAUGUUUGUACAGAAGCAAUUUUUGGUUUUUAUGUAAAUUUUUCAAAUAGACUCUAUCUCUAUUGUGUAAUGUACAGCAUGUUGUAAGAUAGUGUAUGUCUAUCAAAAUCAAUACCUAUCUCAUCUAUAUGAUUCUGAACUAAAUGUUUUAUUAUAACAUGACAUCAAUAUUGAUAAUAUUUUUCGUUCUAAUUUUACAUCCGCAAUUAUUAUGUUAACAUUGUAUUGAUUAAAAUUUCCAAUGAGAACUUCAUUGAUAACUUCCUGAUCUGAGACAUCCAAAUAUUUAGUGAAUGGAAUUUGUACAUUUAGUUUUAUUUCCUCUAUUGAGGACUUUCUAAGAGCCAUUUGUAGUUAUGCGUCACAUAGGUUAUGUAUAUAUAGUUUCAUGACAACCAUUGUGAAGAAUGGACAACCCAAUAAAUAGAUAAAUUGAUUUAGCC